AUGGCUGCGGGCUCUAGCAACGCCCCAGCGCGAUAUAGCUCAUCGCCUGAGUUGUCAGAUCCACCUUCUAUGUUAUCAGCUCCUGCAUCGCCAUCAGGGUAUAAUAGAGCGAAGAAUGGAGGUGAACUGGAUGAGAUUGUGGUCGAUCCCACCACUAUUCGAUAUGAUGGAUCCGGUCAGCCUAUGUUAACGAAGGAUGGCUUACCAAGGAGAAAGCCUGGCCCGAAGCCGGGGACAAGAAUCAACAAACGGAGUAGUACGAAUCCCGAGGAGGGUGAGAAGAUCAAGCGGGUCCGGAAACAGAAAGAGAAAGAUCCGAACACCUCAACCACGUCAAGGAGGCGUAAGGUUACAUCGUUGGAUGGUGAGGCGAGUGAAUCACGAUCACGGGCAACUAGUGUCGCUGGUGGUACAGGCAAUGGAACAACAGCCCCUUCGCGACAAACCAAGAUCACUGAGAUGGUCACUGGUCAAAAUCAAAACCGAUUAGAGCCAACUCCUCAAAGAGAAGUAAAACGGGAAAACAUACUUGGAUCCAUGUCCAACAUCCUGAACGCGGAACCCGAGCCACCACAGCAAUAUUCGCGUCAGCAGUCCCAGCAAGCCCAGCAGCAGCCGGCGCGCCCAAGCAUGCCUUCGCGGACAAGUGGCACGAAUUACGACCCCAUCCGUUCAUCAAAUUACGACCCGAUACGGGGAACUAUGAGCUAUUCUAAUCCAAUGGGAUCUCCUCGCGGCCCGUCCACCACCACGGGUAUCGUUAACCGCGCAAGCGCAUCUCCGUCUAUCGCGAGUCUUGUUGACCCGCCCGUGCCCAAUAUUAUUUCUCCAGUCCCGUCACACACGUCUUUUACGCAUAACGUACAGUCACAUUCUCAAGCACAGUCUGGCGCCCAUAAGGAAUCGAGCUCAAUGCCGGAAUCACCUAACCCCUUCCGCAAGGAAUUCAUUCCUCCUCCGGCGCCAAAGCCUCCUACGACCGAGGCUAAGGAAGUCAAGGAGACUAAGGAGACUAAGAAGUCGGUGCCACCUCUCGCCCCUACGGCUACGGCUAUGUCUAAGAUUGAAAUUCGGCCAACGUCCAUUACUACUAUUGGUGGAGCUGGUUCAAAGAAGCCCUCGCCCAAGAAUCUGAGCCUAGCAUCAUCUCCUCGCGUCAACGCCACGAAGGACUCCCUCGCCCCUCUUCCCGCUGGACCCGAGCGCUCUAUCCUUGACUUCGGCAAAGCUGAACCGGGAUCGGAGACGGUUGCGCCAUCGAUCAUCCUCAACAUUCCACUAAAUGGGGAGACGAACAAGUAUAUAAAUUUCAUGCGUAUGGCCGAAGACCAGUACGGUUGGGAGGCCCUUCACCCGCGACAAGCCGAACACAAAGCACGCAAGGCCCGCAUUGCUGCGGCAUCCGCUGCAUUAGCCCAGAAUGAUUCCAGUCGCGAAGGGGACGAGAUGUCGGUAGAUGAAUCUGACAAUGAAGAUUCCAACGUCGAGAUGGGCGGUACCAGCGGACCUGACAAACCCGCCGAUGGGAAACCAGUAAAGAAGAAGAGGCAUUUCAAGGAGGACGAGUAUGACAAAGACGAUGACUUUGUUGACGACUCUGAAUUACUCUGGGAGGAGCAAGCGGCGGCUAGUAGAGAUGGCUUCUUCGUGUACUCCGGACCCUUAGUGCCGGAGGUUGAGAAGCCGGAAGCCGGGCGCGGUGAUGGUCUACCUAAGAGAGGACGAGGCUCGCGUGGCGGUCGCGGCGGUACACGCGGAGCUACUAGCACGACAGGGCGAGGCCGCGGUGGUGGACCUGGGUCUCGUGGAGGAGUAGUACGAAAACCCCGAAUGACAAAAGCAGACAAGGCUCAGAUGGAUCGCGAGAAGGCCGAGCGCGAGGCAACACUGUUGAAAUCAGCGACCGGCGGAUCCUACAACGUUCUGCACCCGGGCAGCCCGCAAUUUGCGGGCCUGUAG